UAUGCCUCAGCUAAUUAAAAGUGUUGACUAAGUUGCAUCAGCAUGAAUGUAAAUAAAGUAGUGUUUGGUAGUUUACAUAUUAAGUUUAAAUGCUUUUUACUGCUUCCAGUGUGGGAGGAAGGCUUGUCUCUUUCAGCUUCUUUUCCAUAUAGGAAAACAAUGAGGAGUUUGUUCAGCCUCUGCAGUGCAGAAGAAAUACAUUUAGGCAUUCUUUGCAUAACUGUGGGGAAGAAGGGGUUGCUAGCUUUCUCAUUGUUAAGCUCGUUUCUUAAUCACAUAAUAGAAGUUAACUGUGAAAACACUCUGUGAAAAAUACCUAGUGGAACUACAAAGAAAUAGUCUGUGCUGUACUGUGUUCCCAUACCAGAUGCUUUUGAGUUUAAUUUUGUUGAAGACAUAUAUACAGUAUUGUUUCAAGCUGUUGCACCAUGGCAAAUGACCAGUAGCAACUGAGUGACUGAUACUUUGUACAUAGCCACAGUUUCAGUGGCUGUCCUUCUUAAGAAGUGACUUUAUAACAUGCAAGACACUGAUGCCAGGGGGAGCUCCCCUGCUUUCCUCCGGCCUCAGAACGGGAGCAGUCACAGGUCUUCUGGGUACAUCCCGGGGAGAAUUGCCCCUCUCCGUCCCCCGCCACCUUCGCAGAGCCAUGCUGCAGCUGAAUUUACCUCUGCGAGACAAGAAGCCCGGACAAGACUCCCAUCCUUACCAGUGGAUCAGCACCGCCGCCAGGCAGAAGCCAACAGGCACAAAAAUACUCUCAUUUGCUUUGCCAUUUCUAGCCUUUCACUUUUUGUUGCACUGGGGAUUUUUUUGGGAAUAGCCUCAAAAUAUGCUCCAGAUGAGAAUUGUCCCGAUCAGAAUCCUCGUCUUAAAAACUGGAGCCCUGGAAAAGAUCCUGAAAAGAGAGUUUUUAUCAAAAAAGGGGAUUUGUUUCGUCUGAACUCAGACGCUACAGUACACUCUAUAGUUAUACAGGAUGGAGGGUUACUUGUUUUUGGUGAUGAUAAAGAAGGUUCUAAAAAUAUUACCUUGAGAACUCGAUUUAUCCUGAUAAAGGAUGGUGGAAUGCUUCAUGUUGGAGCAGAGAAAUGCCGCUAUAAAUCCAAAGCAACUAUUAUUUUGUAUGGAAAGUCAAACGAAGGUGCUGAUAUGCCAGAAUUUGGCAAAAAAUUUAUUGGCGUGGGCCCUGAAGGAACGCUGGAGUUGCAUGGGCACCAGAAGUUAUCAUGGACUCUUCUGUCAAAGACUAUGUAUUUCUCAGGGCUGGCCUAUGGUCAUUAUACAUUUAAAAAGAAUUUUUCCCGAGGACUAAAUGUGAGAGUGAUCGAUCAGGACACAGCAGAGAUUUUGGAAGUGCUGAAGUUUGAUACACAUGAAUUUUCAGAAGAAAGCUUGAAGCUCCAGAACUUACUGAAAAAUGGAAGUCCUGGUCGCAUUGUUGCUAUUGCUGUAGGAGAUUCAGCUGCUAAAAAUCUACUGGAGGAAACCAGAGUGACUAUUCAAAAUCUUCUGGGAAGUAAGUUUGUCAGAGGAUUGAGUUACAGGCAAGCCUGGGCUUUCGUUGGUGUCAUAGGUGGUGGAAAUUGUUCCUGUAACGAAUCAGUGAGAAACUAUGAAAAUCACAGCACUGGUGGGAAAGCUCUUGCUCAGAAAGAGUUUUUCACAUUGGAUGGUCAGAAGUUUGUUGUGAGAGCUUACAGUGAAUGGAAUGAUGGUGUCCCAAUUUCAGGCUUCCAGGUAGAAGCAGUAGGUGGAGUCAUACUGAAUCUUCUGGACGAUGUUAGUAGUUGGGAGCCUGGAGACCGGAUUGUGGUCGCAAGCACAGACUAUUCAAUGUAUCAGACAGAGGAAUUCACCCUACUUCCCUGCCCAGAGUGUACCAAGCAUCAGGUCAAAGUCAGAGAAAAUCCUCAGUUUCCUCAUGUAGGAGAAGUUAUUGAUGGAGUGGACAUGAGGGCAGAAGUUGGAGUUCUUACGAGGAACAUCUUAAUCAAGGGGGAGACAGAAAAUACCUGCUAUCGUGAAAAGGAGUGUCAGUUCUUCAAUUAUGAUACAUUUGGUGGACAUAUCAAGAUUUUGAAGAAUUUUACAUCUGUUCAUCUCUCCUAUGUGGAAUUGAAGCAAAUGGGCCAGCAGCAGAUUGGAAGUUACCCUGUUCACUUUCACCUUUGUGGGGAUGUGGAUGAAAAAGGAGGUUAUAGUUUUAAGACUUACCUGGAAGGGCUUUCCAUUCAUCACUGUUUUUCCAGAUGUGUGACUGUUCAUGCAACUAAUGGCUUGCUGAUAAAGGACACCAUUGGCUAUGACACACUAGGUCACUGUUUCUUCACAGAAGAUGGCAUCGAGCAGAGGAAUACUUUGUUCCACAACCUUGGGCUAGUUACGAAACCAGGCACUCUUCUUCCUACAGAUAGAAACAGCAGCAUGUGUAUUGGUAUUAGGGAUAAAGUGUAUGGAAGUUAUGUCCCAGUGCCAGCAACAGACUGCAUGGCAGUUUCGACAUUCUGGAUUUCUCAUCCCAACAAUCAUCUUAUAAAUAAUGCAGCAGCAGGUUCACAGGAUGCUGGAAUAUGGUAUUUGUUCCACAGGGUUGCUACAGGAGAUUCUCAUAGUUUAGCCAUUGAAACCAAGUCAGAGCUUACACCCCUAGGAAUCUUCUAUAAUAACAGGGUUCAUUCUAAUUUUAAGGCUGGUUUGUUCAUUGAUAAGGGUGUUAAAACAACUAAUGCUAGCGUUGAUGAUCCCAGAGAAUAUCUUUGUUUGGACAACAAUGCAAGGUUUCGACCUCAUCAAGAUGCAGACCCUGAAAAGGCCCGAGUUGCUGCCCUGAUUGACAGAUUAAUCUCUUUCAAAAACAAUGAUCAUGGGGCCUGGGUCAGGGGAGGGGAUAUCCUCAUUCAAAACUCUGGGUUUGCAGACAAUGGAAUAGGUUUGACAUUUGCUAGUGAUGGGAGCUUCCCAAAUGAUGAAGGUGCCAGCCAGGAAGUAUCUGAGUCGCUGUUCAUAGGUGAGAGCAAGAAUUAUGGGUUUCCAGGUGGCCAAAAUAAAUAUGCGGGAACUGGAGGAAUAGACAGCAAGGCGCGUACUCUGCCUAGAAAUCGGACAUUUCCAAUCAGAGGCUUUCAAAUUUAUGAUGGACCAAUUCACCUUACCAAGUGCACCUUCAAAAACUUUGUGCCAACUCCAGACAGAUUUACCAGUGCAGUUGGAUUCUUGAUGAAAAAUCCAUGGCAGAUGACACCAAAAAACAACAUUUCUCUUGUGAAGUUUGGUCCAAAUGUUUCUUUGAAGGCCUUCUUUGGAAAACCUGGUCCCUGGUUUGAUGAAGGGGAUCUGGAUGGUGACAAGAACUCAAUAUUCCAUGAUCUGGAUGGUUCAGUAACUGACUACAAGGAUACCUACGUGGGCAGAAUGGAUAAUUACUUGAUUCAACACCCCAAAUGCAUUAAUGUUACAGAAUGGAGUGGAGUGGUUUGCAGUGGGACCUAUGCGCAGGUUUAUGUCCAAACCUGGAAUGGACAGAAUCUUUCCAUGACUAUUGUACGAGAUGAGUACCCAGCCAAUGCCAUGGUUCUUCGAGGUAUUAAUCAGAGAGCUGUCUUUCAACAAUACCAGCCGGUAGUGAUGCUCCAAAAGGGCUACACAAUACAUUGGAAUGGAAAAGCUCCAAAUGUCACCUACCUUUAUCUCAUUAACUUCAACAAGAAUGACUGGAUUCGUGUUGGUCUUUGUUAUCAACCGAAUACAGAUUUUGCUAUAGUACUGGAAACCUUUCAAAGGCGGUCAUCUGCUCUGUCCAGCAAGGUAGAGCGCUACGUGCCUGUAUCUUCAAUGAUGGAGCUCGAAAAGAAUCGAUCAGACAAGAAGUUCUACUUCGACAACAGUACCGGAUUACUGUUUUUAUUUCUUCAAGCCAAAUAUAAUAGGGAUGGUCACAGUUACUGCUCAUCUCAGGGAUGUGAAAGGAUCAAGAUUGUGACCAAAGAUUCAGCAAAAGGCAUCAGUAACUGCAUGGCAAAAGCUUACCCAAAGUACUACCAAGGACCAACCGUCAUAAAGCAGAUGCCAGUAAAAACUACUGUACCAUGUACAAAAUGCGGCACAACUCAGAUGGUAUUCACCAGCGAUCCUCACAAAAACUACCUCCUUGUGCAGAUUAAUUCAACUGGUGAAAAAGAGUUAAGCAGAGGUCAGCAAGCAUUUAUUUCUGUCAAUGGCACUACGUUUUCCUUCAAGGAUAAUGGUAUACUUAUUGUUGUAGUUGAUGCCUGCAUCGGCACAGUGUCGGGAAGCAGAUCAUUUUCUGGAGUAGACAUUAAGCAUGUAGAUGGGUAUUUAACAUCUGGAAUUCCACAAAGGUCUAUUGUUCUACUGAGCACAAGAGGUGAUGUAGCAAUUCCUAAUAAUUUAUCAGAAGCCUUAAUGUCCCUGGGGACAGCCAAACCACCUUAUCUUCAGAGCAACGGAAGCCUGGCCUUUCUGGGCUUCAGAGGAAACUUUAAGCCAUCCUGGAUUAAGCUGUUUACUGGUCCUGCUGGGCAUGGGCUUGUUCAGAUAGAAAAGUAUAUCCCUUUACAACUGGAAGAGUAUGGCUGUGCCAGAGCAAUCAAAAGCCGACGGAAAGACCUCGAGCUUCUGAAGAAGGCUACACAAUCUCAUUAAAGACUAAGAUGUACAUAAAAGCUGGGGCAAAAAAAAUGUGAACUAACUUAUUUUUUAAUUUAUGGCAUUUUAAACUAUAUUGUUAUCCAAGUAAAUCAUGUUAUUGUCUGACAGAUGUUUGCCAGCAUUGACUGCUUGAAUGCCAAUCUGUGCACCUUCUAGUUGUACAAAAUAUUAAAGAAUUUAUUAGUAUUUGUAUAAACAGGUUUCAGAGAUUUUUCAGAUGUUGGUAUUUACUGUAAACAAGUUCCUUCUGUUUAAUACUCCUUUUGUAUGUAAGAGGGUGUUCAUAAAAGCCUUAAAUUUUUGGUAACAGGUGUUGGAGUGCAUCUUGGAUUACUUGAAAGAUUAACAUUAAAGUCUCCAUAAACAGCUUGAAUUGGUCAUAACUUAUGCAUUUUCCCUCAGCUGUUAGGUGUUUUCCUGAGGGUUUAUUUAGCAGUCAGCUCAGUUACAUUCUCAAUCUGCUUUCUAAUGUGUUAAAAACCAGUUUCCCUACACAUGCAGCAGACUCAAGCGGUUUUAACUGCAGUAAAAUUUUUGCUUUGCUGUAUGAAAGGUGGAGAGAGGGGAUUCAAAGAACCAGCCCGGGGCUGGGUAAGGAUUGUGUACCAUCUAACAGAGUUUAACAAGGCUACGUGUACCAGCAUGGCAUACAGAGCAGAAAAUUACCACCAUUCUUUGGCGUCACUGUUUACUAUUCACCCCUAAAUAUACAGGUGUCCGUAAGAGUUACUUCAGUUAACAGUCUGGGUGUUGAGGCUGCAGUCUUGUGUACAGCUUGAUUUCAGCUUUUUCUUUUAAAGCUUUUAGCCAGAAAGGCAAAGCUGAGAUAGUUAUUUUCAAUCUGUAAUGAAACUAGGCUUCUACUGUUGCAGUGGUUUUUUGGGUUGUUUUUUUUUUUUUUUCUUAAGGCUAUCCCAGCUUUAAGUGAAUGGAAAGUGCUGUCAGUUCAUUCAGGCAUGUUAUAUCUUUUGCCUUAACUUUGAUUCUUUUAAUAUACUCAUGUUGCUAGUUCCUAUUGAUUUUAUGUUGGGCCUGUUUGAUUUCUUUUGGUUUUGUUGUAAGUAUUUUUUGCACACUUUCUGCAGAUAGUGUGAAAAUAAUUUAGAAGAACUGAGGCACACCAGCCCUUUUUCAGGAUCCUAGUCUUUGAAAUUAAAUUUCAGAGACUGUAAAGAUGCAUUUCAUAGUAGGGAACAAUAGGUGCCAUAGAGCUAAAAUGUAACCAUAGUUCUAAUAAAACUGACAUAGUUCCUUCUUCUUGUAUAUGUUCUCAUUCAUUCUAGGUGGUAUAAUAUGUCUAUCAUUCAGAGAUGCGUUGUGCUUUGAAUUCAAAAUGGAGUGGCUGUUGGAAAUUAACUAUAUGCCUGUCUUCUCCAAAGAAGUUGAAAAACUGUGGGGAUUUUUUUUUGUGCUUUAAAGGAGAGGCGGCACAGUAGCAGACCUAUUAUUCUGUUCAAAUAAAUAUGCUACCUCAGUGCUACAAUUAAACUGCCUGGUCUAGUGUAGUUUCCUAAGUGGGAGGGGAAAGGAGCACAACACAAGAGAUGAAGUUAACAAAUAGAUAACUGAUGUUAUUUUUAUUGUAAAACCAAGCCAAAUGGAUGAUUGUGUGUUUUGCAGUUGUUUUGAUGCACAGUUCUCUUAUAAUGUUAAAAAAAAAAAGGCAUUUUGUUAGGGGGAGAUGUGGUAAAUCUUUAAGACUAGCUAUGAUGUUUGGUGUUACUAAUGCAGGGCAAUGUGAUUUAAAUGCUCUGAGUGCAGUAGUGAUAGUGUUUGGGGAUUAAAAUGGUUUUAAGACUUCCUCUGUUCUGUGGGUCAUGCUCAGCAGAGAAAUACCGAUGAGGUAGUGACCUACAGGGUUGUGAAGUUGGCCAUUAUUUAUGAGCUUCUGCUGUUCUAAGCCAUCUUGUAAAAAUUGUACUUGGAAGUGUAAAGGGUAUUCUGAUGUGGGGCUUACUGAUGGACAAUUGGAUGUGAAGUUGAAGUGUUGUCUUUUGUGUAAAUUUAAACACUUGAUAAAUAGCAUAAAUAAAUUUUUACAUCUGACAAGGCAAUAAAA